CAAGCAAGCGUGAUUCAUUGAUUGAUAAUAUCAUGGACGUGGAGAAAAGAAGCUCAAAGGGUGGAUUUCUACAGUUAUUUGACUGGAAUGUCAAACCAAAGAAGAAGCUCCUCUUCUCCAAUAACAAAUCUCACUUAUCCUCCGCCGCCGCCCCCGCCCCCGGUAAAACCCUUUAUUAUUUUUCUUAAUUUCAUUACCGCCCGCCUCUCUGAUUUGAUUUCCAUUCUCUACUUUGUUGUUUAUCAUCUAAUGAAACCUAUAACGUUUUUCUGCAUAGAAAGCGUGAAAAAUGCUCAGCAAAAAUUAUUUGUUUCAAAGACAACACAAUCCCAACUGAUGGAUGGGAAUGCAAAUGCCUCUAGGUCUCAACUCAAGGCUAAUAAUAGAGACACUGGAUUUACUUCACCUCUUGGUGUUAAUGACGACAACAGAUAUGGAGCUAGAGCCCCAAGUGUUGUUGCUAGGCUUAUGGGUCUAGAUUCUUUGCCUGCAUCAACUGCCAGUGAGCAAACUUCGGCACCAGUUUCUAACCAUGACCUAAUUCAACAUUCUACUGGCCAGAGGAGCACAAACAGUUUCCACUUUGAACACAAUAUCAUAUACGAUAAUGAUACAUCAAGAAAUGUCUCCCAUCCUAUAGGCUCAGCACAGCAGAGGGUGCAUAGUCGGUCAAUUGAGAGAUUUCAGCUAGAAAUUGUGCCUCCUAAAUCGGCAAGGCCAGUGCCGGUUACUCAUAGGCUUUUACCUCCCAUCAAGGGUCCAGGAUAUAUGCCUACCAAUGUGGCUUACAGUAGUAUGGAGGCAACUACAAGAAUUAUUAGUGAAGGUCCUAGUUCAACAUCCCAUGAUAAAAUGCCAUCUUUCAGAUCUUCUCUUCCCUUCCAAAUCAGGAAUUUGAAACAAAGAGAUGAAGGAUCAGAGAAGGGAUGUGAAAUUUCUCAAACACUUAAAAGUCUCAAUUCUUACAAGUCUAGAAAAGGACAGCCAAGGGAAAAUGUACAGAUAGGAUCUAAAGACCCCCAGCUUCCUUAUACUUGUCUGGAUUCGAGAAGGGAAAGUAAGGAUAAGUCGGUUCAAAUUCCAAAACAAGAAAAAGCAAAUGCUCGGAGAAAAGGGGGAUUAAUCUCUAGUAGAAACAGUGGGUCCAUCAAUCAAAAAGAAGGAAAUGAAGCUGUGAAGUUGAAUCAUCUUAACAAGAGGCAAAGCAAUAUGCAAAAGAGUGUGCAGAAAAAUUCUCUUAGCAGGGCUUCUGAUGUGCUCAAACAAAAUAAUCAAAAGCAGAAUUGCAUUGCCAAUAAAGACAGAGGAACUGCAAAGGCUCCUAGGUCCAAACAGAACGAACAAAAAUCAAGAAGCAUAAAUGGUACUGGUAAUGCGAAUAAAGACAUUGGCUCUUUGAGUGCAUUCAAGCAGAUCAAUUCAAUGAAAAGUGAUUCGAGGAAGAAGCCUUAUCCAUCUAACUCAAAGACAUUUGAUCAGAUGAAUCAAUCAGAUAUCAACAGGAAUGACCAUCUUGUGGAAAGUGGCGCAAGGAAGGAUAUGACCCACAAGGCAGCUAGGUCCGUGAUGCAUAAUGUUUCAACUGAUGGUUACAUGAACUGGGAUACUAACAGGAUAGUCAGUAUGGAUGUAGUUUCAUUUACGUUCACAUCUCCAAUAAAAAAAUCAAUGCCCAUGUCUAUGUUGUCUGACCGGGGAGCUGAAAGGGAAAGGUAUGGAUCUAAUGGUUCAGGUGGUGAACUGUAUGACUCGGGAAGUUCAUCUUUAGCUUCCCAAGGCUUGGAUGAGCUCUUAGAACAAAAGCUCAAGGAAUUGUCAUCCAGAGUUGAGUCAUUUCAAUACAGGCUGCCUGAUGGGCUGAACAGUUCCUCUUCAUCGAAACUUCAACAUUCACCACUCAAACUCAAAGCGAGGUGCACUACUGCACUGGAACAGGGUCCAAAGUUUCUAAUUAAUGAUCAAGAUGAUAGAUCAACAUACAUUCAUGAUAUUCCGGCCUAUGUUGACAAUAUGCUUCUGCAAGAUGUGUGCAAACAGCAGCCACUUGAACAAAUAGAAGAAAACAGUGUCAGCACUAAUCCCGAAUACGAAAGUGAACUUGCUGGUGGAUACGCCAGCCCAGUCUAUAGUCUGGAACCCUCGUCCUCUGUUGGAAGUUAUGAUUCUUCGAUGAGCAAAGGCAGUAAUAACUCCUUGUUGUCAAGUGCUAUUCACCAUGAAACAAUGAAUUAUCUCACUCCCCAAAAGCUUAAAGCAUAUGAAGAAGUUGACAUGGAACUAUCAGAUUCUUCCUCUUCCACAUAUUCUUCUCCUCUGAGAAAUGGCAAGGACGGUAGUACUACUACUACUACUACUACUAACACAGCUAUCCUUGGUAGUUCAACUAGACUCUCUGAGUCGUUCAAUUGGGAACUAGAAUAUCUGGCAUGUAUUAUUUCCCAUGCAGAACUGAGUCUAGAAGAUGUUGUAUUGGACAAAGGCAACCCGCCAAUAAGGCAGGAUUUGUUUGAUCGGUUAGAGUAUGAGAAAAUAGGAUCAUCUGAUGAGGAUGACGGCGGCGAGUGUCUGAAGGUGUGGAGAAAGGUUUUGUUUGAUUAUGUAGGGGAAUGUUUUGAAGAAAGCCGACGCAAGUUGCUGUCGUCGUCGUCGUCUUGGGGAAGCUGCAAGGAGUGGUCAAAAUGGACAGAAAAGAACUGGUGGGUGGCGGAGGAGUUACACAAGGAAAUGUCAGGGUGGAUGAUCUGUGCGGAAGAAGAAGAUGUAAUGGUGGAUGAGCUUGUAGAGAGAGACAUGAGCUGUGGAAAGGGGAGAUGGGUGGAUUUUGAAACAGAAGCAUUCGAACAAGGCAUUGAGAUUGAGAGAGAUAUACUAAGUUCCUUGGUAGACGAAUUGGUUUCUGAUAUCUUGGCUACUGGAACUUGUAUUUCUGUUUGUGUUUAUUAGUUAGUUUGAAUCCUUGUUGUUUAUUUUCCUGGGAUGAUGAUGUAUGUAGUAGUUAGUUAGUUAGUUAUCUUGGGGGCUUUGUAUGUAGAUUAGUGUUGGUUGUCAUUUGAGCUGUGGAAAGAAAGAAGUUUGACCAUCAUAUAGAUAGAUAAGAUAAGAUAGAUAGAUAGAUUCAUGCACUUUCAUUUUCAUUUUCAUUUUUAGAUAAAAACUAAGUAAGCCUUGACUCAUUUUUAUUUGAUAUGAAAUAACAUUGAUUGAAUGAA